UUACAAGCCUGUUAUAAAAUUGGAUUAGAAAUUAGAAUUAUUCUGAUUAUUCUUUUCGGUUUGGCUCGUUUGUUGAAGCGGUUGAUCCGUCAUCAUCAAACUUGAAUCAUCAUGGCAUCCAAAGUGUCACGUGAUACUCUCUACGAGUGUGUCAAUGCAGCAAUCCAAGGAUCACAAGAAAAAAAAAGAAAAUUUGUUGAAACAAUUGAACUUCAAAUUGGCUUGAAAAAUUACGAUCCCCAGAAGGACAAGCGUUUUUCUGGAACAGUAAAAUUGAAGAACAUCCCAAGACCAAAAAUGCAAAUUUGUAUUCUUGGUGAUCAACAACAUUGUGAUGAAGCAAAAGCAAACAAUGUUCCAUUUAUGGAUGCUGAAGCUUUAAAAAAACUAAACAAGAACAAAAAAUUGGUGAAAAAACUUGCUAAAAAGUAUGAUGCUUUCUUGGCCAGUGAAUCCUUGAUCAAACAAAUUCCACGUUUGUUGGGUCCAGGUUUAAACAAAGCUGGUAAAUUUCCUGGUCUUUUGUCUCAUCAAGAAUCAAUGACUGCUAAAAUUGACGAGGUCAAGACAACAAUUAAAUUCCAAAUGAAAAAGGUUCUUUGCCUUUCCGUUGCUGUUGGUCAUGUUGAGAUGAGCCCAGAUGAAUUGGUACAAAACGUUCAUCUUUCAAUUAACUUCCUUGUUUCAUUGUUGAAAAAACACUGGCAAAAUGUACGCUCCCUUCAUAUCAAGUCAUCAAUGGGAGCACCACAACGUUUAUACUAAAAAAUGUAUAUUUUU